AUGGUCGAACACGAGCCCGAACCCAAGCGUUUUGAGCCCAAGGUCCCCGUCCAGCUUGACCCGCCCAAGGACGACCCCAUUUCGCCAGAGGAAUUGGCCAAAUGCGACGGUUCCGAUCCUAGCCGCCCGACUCUGGUCGCUAUCAAGGGUGUUGUCUUCGAUGUGAGCCGGAAUGCGGCUUACGGCGCCUCCGGUCAAUAUCGCGUAUUCGCUGGCAAAGACGCCUCCCGUGCCCUUGCCUCUUCCUCCCUCAAGCCUGAGGACUGUGUGCCUGAAUGGUAUGACCUGCCGGACAAGGAAAAGACCGUGUUAGAUGAAUGGUUCACCUUCUUCAGCAAGCGAUACAACAUUGUCGGCAAGGUUGAAGGUGCUAAGAAUACUUAG